CGCAGGCGCCCGCCGCCCGGGGCACAUGGCGGCGCCAAGGGCGGCUGGCCUGCGGCGCAUGCGGGUCGCUCGCGUGGGCUGGGCGCUCGCCGUGGCCAGCGUCGCGGCGACAGGCGUCGCGGCCGAGGUCGUCACCGACGGGCAGGGCCCCCAGCCGAACCCCCCCGUCUGGCCGGACAGCGUGCGCGUCUUCGGGCCGGAGGACUCGUCGGCCGACAUCGAGAGCGCCGUCAACGCUGCCUUCAAGGAGAACGGCGGCGAGGCGAACCACGGCCAGUUCUCCUCCAGACGGUUCGCCUUCCUGUUCAAGCCAGGCACCUACAGCGCCAACGUGCCCGUUGGAUAUUACACGCAGGUGCUGGGGCUGGGGCAGGACCCCGACGACGUGCUCUUCCAUCCGCCACCAGGCGCGGACGCCUCCAUGUCGCGGCACACCGAGAUGAACGAGGAGGUCAAUCUGGCCGAGAACGAAUUCAGGGGGGUGUUCGUGGAGGAGGGCAACAAGGCGAACAAGUUCGGCGCGCUCAGCACGUUCUGGCGCGGCGCGGAGAACUUCCGCGUCGCGGGCGACAUGCUGUGGGCCACCGCCCAGGCCUGCCCCGUGCGCCGCGUCAUCGUGGACGGCACCCUGCAGCUGGCCGCCCGCGCUCCGCCUCGUGCGCUGGGCGGCCGGCGGCGGCGACGUGCGGGCCGCCCGCGUCGGAGGUGGAUCUCCGGGGG